AGAGGAGUGGCCAAUCUUGGAUAGUUCCUGUCUACCAGACUCGUCCUACUGCCAAAAGACGCAGGCAAGACACGGGACGGACGGCAGUGGUUCAGUGCACAUGGAGCCGCCACAGGCUGCGUACUGCAAUUGCUCGCUAUCGGCGGUGCGCGUGCUGAUGCGCAUCGAGCAAUUCGAGGGCGUCAAGGUGCCGCUGGAGACGCUGCUAGAGGUGAUGGAGGAUGCUGAAGUGCGAUGUUGCGCGGUGCUCAACUGCACGUUGUGUAGCCAGCGGCGGUUCUCAUUGGCCAGUGUCACCGUCGUUAGCGCAGCCGUCGUCGAGUGGGUCCACGGGGCCUGGCUGGAAGGAGGCAUCAACCACACAGUUUCGCUGGGGGAUGUCCGACUAGAUCGGACCGAUGCGGAGAUGUUGGGCCGACAGCUGAUGAGCUUGCAACUGUCCCAUUUCGUCAAGGUCAUGGCCCGACUCGAGGGUACUCUCUCCACCAGCACGACGGCGCACAUGGCCAUCUACCAGGACGUCGUGCGGGCAAAGAUGCAGGAACUGCAGGACUGUAAGCAGCAAGUCCACAAAUACUCCGAGUUACCGUAGCCGACUAGUCAGAAUGCUACAUACAUAUAUCCGACGAGUCGCGUGCCGAGCCGAUGCUCGUUCUGUAGAACAUGGCUAAGAGCUGCUCAAGAUGGAUCGAGU